CUAAUCCGACUCGUACUCAGAGUAUAUCUGUCGUUUCAAAAGAAGUUUCCAGAAGGAGAAGGCGGUUUCGUUGUCUCUUGAUAAGCUCCGCAAUAAGUGAUACAAUGGCGACUGAUCAUCCCGCAGAGAAAGCCAAAGAAGCAUUCGUUGACGACAACUUUCAACUCGCCGUCGAUCUCUACACACAGGCUAUCAACUUAAACCCUAAAAACGCUGAUCUCUUCGCCGACCGUGCUCAGGCCAAUAUCAAACUCAACUAUUUCACUGAAGCUGUAGGUGAUGCAAACAAAGCAAUUGAGCUGGAUCCUUCGAUGGCUAAGGCAUACCUUCGCAAGGGAACUGCAUGUUUAAGUCUAGAAGAAUAUCAUACUGCCAAGGCAGCACUUGAAACUGGUGUUUCUUUAGCUCAAAAUGAUUCAAGAUUUACCAAGUUGAUUAAAGAAUGUGAUCAACGAAUUGCAGAGGAAGGUAGGGGUACGAGGCCCCUAACGUCAAAUAUCCCACCAACUGCUGCACAUGCUUCUAUUGGAUCUCAAGCAGUAGGUAAAAAUUUUGCAAGUGAGGAAGAAGCCAGGCCAGUACUUAAUGAAUCACAUCAGAUGAAAGAGAUGGCAUCAGUCAAACCAAAGUACAGGCAUGCAUACUAUCAGACACCUGAGGAAGUGGUGGUUACAAUAUUUGCAAAGGGAUUACCAGCAGAAAAUGUGGCCGUCGAGUUUGGUGAACAGACAAUGAGUGUUAACAUUGACAUCCCUGGUGAAAAUGGGUUUCAUUUUCAGCCACGACUAUUCCGGAAGAUAGUACCUGGUAAGUGCAGAUAUGAGGUGUUAUCGACCAAACUUGAGAUCCGGCUUGCAAAAUCUGAAGCAAUUAACUGGACAUCUCUUGAAUAUAGCAUGGAAGUUGCAGUUCCACAAAAAAUAAAUGUGCCAUCUGCUCUUGGAUCCCAGAAGCUAAGAUAUCCAUCUUCAAAGGCAAGAACAACAGAUUGGGAUAAGUUGGAGGCCCAAGUAAAGAAGGAGGAAAAAGAAGAGAAGCUAGAUGGUGAUGCAUCCUUGAACAGGUUUUUUGGGGACAUUUACAAAAAUUCAGACGAGGACAUGAGGAGAGCCAUGAUUAAAUCUUUUGUCGAGUCCAAUGGAACUGUGCUGUCAACGAACUGGGAGGACGUGGGUUCGAAGAAGGUGGAGGACAGCCCUCCUGAUGGUAUGGAGUUGAAGAAGUGGGAGUAUUAAGGAGUCGACUCUGUGGAUACAGUGAUGGAUACUUCCUUUUGCUUUUAUCCUAUAGCUCCCUCAUGUCUUUUAAAAUAGUAUCAUCUUAAGCACCGAGAUUAGCUGAAGUUUUUUAAAUUAAUCCCAAAAUGGUGUUUAUGCCGUGCAUCUGAUAAUUGUCUGGUUUGGCAGCUUCUCAUGGGACAGUUUACAGAAAUAUCCUGUUUUACUGAAUUGAUAUUGUUUUUGAUGGGGCU